GCUGCCGCUCCACCGCCGGCCCUCCUCAGGUUCUCCACACCCCUGGGGCCGCAGAAGCAGCGCUCCACGGUCGCCGCCGCCGCCGCCGCCCCGGGUCCGGACACGAUGCAGGCCAUCAAAUGUGUGGUGGUGGGAGAUGGAGCCGUGGGCAAGACCUGCCUUCUCAUCAGCUACACCACCAACGCCUUCCCAGGAGAGUACAUCCCCACCGUGUUUGACAACUACUCAGCAAAUGUGAUGGUGGACAGCAAGCCAGUGAACCUGGGGCUUUGGGACACAGCUGGGCAGGAGGACUACGACCGCCUCCGGCCACUCUCCUAUCCGCAGACGGACGUCUUCCUCAUCUGCUUCUCCCUCGUCAGUCCAGCCUCCUAUGAGAACGUCCGUGCCAAGUGGUUUCCCGAGGUGCGGCACCACUGCCCCAGCACGCCCAUCAUCCUGGUGGGCACCAAGCUGGACCUGCGGGACGACAAGGACACCAUCGAGAAGCUGAAGGAGAAGAAGCUGGCCCCCAUCACCUACCCACAGGGCUUGGCACUGGCCAAGGAGAUUGAUUCGGUGAAAUACCUGGAGUGCUCAGCCCUCACCCAGCGAGGCUUGAAAACCGUCUUUGACGAGGCAAUCCGGGCCGUCCUGUGCCCCCAGCCCACGCGGCCGCAGAAGCGCCCCUGCAGCAUCCUCUAGGGGUCAUCCCACUCCUCCCAGCCAGAUGGCUUGGACCCUCCAGGGCCCCCAUCCACCUAAAGCCCAGUGGCACCCUGGCUGGCCAUGCUGUCCCCUUCCUGUGGCAUUUCUUAGCAGACAGCUGCAGAACUUGGUCGAUCAUCUUCUCUGUGCUGGAGGCUCCCUUGAGUCUGAAGGUGUGAAUCUUUAGGUGCCGCAUCCCGAUCCCCUCAUGCUCCUGCCUGCCUGGGGGCCACAGGGGAGCCCCAGGACCCAGUAAGCCACCCCUGCCUUACUGCUGUCAGCACCAGCAUCGCAUGUGGCAGCACCUGUCCACUGGCCCCAGCCUCGCACAGCUCCUGAAUCUACUCUGGAAACUUGGGGCCAAACGGUUGCCAGCCACCACUUGUGCAUCUCCAGGGAUGGGUCUCGCACUCUCUCCUUGAGUGUUGGGUCUUGAGCUCACUCCCAUGCUCCCAUGAUGGUCCUUCUUGUUGGAACGUUGCAAGGAGCUCAAAUGAGUGUUUUGGAAGUAGGUCCCUCAGGUCCUGAUGCUCCUUUUGGGACAACAUGUGACCAAUCAGAUUUUCUAAAAUCUCUGCAGUCAUCUGCCCAGCAAAUCCAAAAUCUGGCUGCAGCUGACUCCUGGCAUCUCUCAAGUCUUUCUGCUCUGCUCCCAGGAUCCUGAGCUGCAUUUACCUGUGAGAGUCUUCAAACUUUCAGAUGCUGCCACUCAGGACUUUUGCUAUUGCA